GUCUCCGUGCAGUGUUGGCCACAUGUGCAGGCCCUGUGAUUGGCUGGCUGGCCAGUGUGGCCACGCCUCCUCCCCAAUGGCAGCCGGGGUGGCCCCACACCCCAAAGUGCAGAAAUUUUGUGUCAAGUUCGACAGUCAAGUUGAUUACAGAACAUCCAUGUUUGGGAAAGAAGAUAUUUCUUGCUGUACAACUUUAUUCUCAGAACCUUCCCUUUUCUUCUUGGAAAUGAUGGACCUUAUCCUGUAACAACUGGUCGCGGAGGGAACUCCACGUCUGGAAGCUGAUUGGCUGCUGCACGCCGACUUUGGGUAUAAAGCCCCGCCCCCGGAGGUCCGCACGGCACAGACCGGCGAGGACGCGCAGCGGCAGCGGAGCGCUGGCCACUCCACCCGGGUAAGGAAACACCUGUGGCUGCGGGAGCGCAACAAGAGAAAAUAAACAGAAGUCAGCAGCAGUUGCAGAUCCAGCCGAGUGUCUGGGGGCCGCCAUGUGGGUCCUGGAUAAGAUCCGGGGGUCGCUGGAGACCGGUGACAGGAAAGAGGUGGCCCCGCCCUACACCAACGUCCUCACCCCUGACAGCAUCCCGGACUUUUUCAUCCCGCCCAAGCUGGUCAGCUGCCCUGCGGAGCCCGAGGCCCCCGCCGUGAAGCCCAAGGAGUGCAUGCAGCCGUCCACUUCAGAGCAAACCAUUUGCGGUGGGAAAAAGAUGGGCGCCCCAAAGAGUCCGCGUCUGGUCGCCAAGCUCGCCGGGGACACUAAGAACCUCCUGAAGGCGGCAAACCGCCACAUCAUCCAGAUCGAGAGCGCCGAUGACGUCACCGGGGACACCAACGCUGACCCCCAGUCGCAGAGCGCCAUGUCGCUCCCUUACAUCCCCAAGACCCAAACCUCCUACGGGUUCGCCACCUUGAAGGAAAGCCCCCACACUCGGCGUAAGGAGUCGCUGUUCCACUGUGACGCCAUCAGUCCCGUCCCCUCCCCCAACAGUCAGAGAAAGACGACGAGCAAGAGCGGUGACGGCGGGAACCACCUGAACCCGGCCGACUGUAACGUCUCCCACAUCAACCCCUACCGCUAUUUCAGCGGUGGCGAGAGCGAUACAUGUUCCUCAGCCGAGUCGUCCCCCUUCAGCUCCCCCCUGCUGUCCCGCUCCGCUUCGCUGCUCAAGAUCUUCACCCACGAGACGCAGGCCAAGGUGGUGAAGGCCAAGCGCACCUUCGCCCGCCACAGCUCACUCUCCACCGACGAGUGCAGCUCGGCCGAGCCCAGCCCCAGCCUCCAGCGCCGCCUGCACAUCCCCUCUUUCCACUGCGCCCCACCCGCGCAGGAGCAUGGCCUGCAGCAGGAGCACACCAUCAACCUGCACAAGGGCGGCACCGUGAGGAUCUGCGCCAACUACGACGCCGGUACAUCCCGCCUGCGCAUACGAGUCCUUGCAGCCGAGAGCCUCUACGACGCACACUGCGACAUCAAGAGCAUCAACUGCUGCGUGGCGGUCUACCUCAACCCCGGCAAGCUGCAGAAGCAAAGGAGCAACAUCAUCAAGAACAGUCGGAACCCCGUUUUCAACGAGGACUUCUUCUUUGAUGCCAUCAGCUCCGUGCACGUCAAGAAUCUCUCCGUCAAGUUCAAGGUGGUCAACAAAGGCACCAGCCUCAAGAGGGACACGCUGCUGGGAGAACGAGAGGUCCUCCUGACCAAGCUGUUGUCCGGGAUCUAGACCCGCGAUCUUUAGCCAGGAUAUAGCCCUGGACUUUGAAGACUCCUUCUGUCUGCACUUCAGGGGAGAACAGCAUUGGCACCUUUCCACCAAGCAAUAUGCUUCACUUUGGUCCACUUUGGGCAGCCCUGAUCUUACUUGAAAGGUACCGUACCGUAAAAAACAAAGAUUUGGAUUCACAAGAGAUUGUUAUUCAUCCACCAAACAAUGGACUGCACAAAGUAACCCCCACUCGUUUGGAAUCCUAAAGCGGUUAGCAAGUGGAACCACCACUUGGGUACUUUGGGUAUGGUACCACUGCGGUUGCUGCCCAUCCAGAAGAACAGUCAGUACCCUCACUAAGGGCUACCAAAAACGUCUAAUGGAUUCAUAAGUUAGACCUUUCACGGCAACCAAUGAAUAGACCCCCUUGGUUCUAGGGUGGGACCAAUCCCAUUUGAGUAGAAAAACAUAGACGUGAGCGGAAGCGUACCGCUUGGUGGAAACUUGUGCUGUUGCAUGGUGGUCUUCUUGUCAUGUGGUCUUGUCAUGUGACGCUGAUGACGUUCAAAGACGAUCAUGCUUUUGUUCAAUGCUCUGCUUUGAAGCAACGCAACAUCCUGAUGUGCAAAUCCUGCUUUUCAUCCCAACGCCUUCAUGCAGGCCGCACUGUAAGCC